UGUUCAGAUACUUACUUGUCUGUUUUUUGUUGUUGUCUGCUUAAGUUUUUUUUUGUUUUGUUUAUUAUAUUUGGGAUGUAGAUAUAUGUGUACAAUUUAGUUGAAUCUACCUGCAAUUUUUGCUUUGGCUACACUGUGAUCUAUAACAUUCAUGCCAAUAAAACACUGCUGAACUGAGAGAGAGAGAGAGAGGAGGAGACAGAUACAGAUACAGAGAGAGAGAGAGGAGGAGGAGACAGAGAAAGAUACAGACAGAGAGAGAGAGAGAGAGAGAUCUGUAUUUUUCAUACUCUAUGUCUGGUCAGAUCUGAAAACUGCAUGUAGGAAACUAGUAAACUGGUCGGAUUUGAGGGAAACCCAUCAGCAGGCUUGGUUCAUCUUCAUGCUGGUGCUGAUGCGCAUCUUUUACGCAGCCCGCCCUCCAUGACGUAAGCCAAGGUACAUAAACUCAAGUUUGACAAAGCUCUGCUCACUACAAGUGCCGGUGUUCAGCAGGUUUCCUUUCUGAAACGGAUUAAGUGUGCUUCGCUUUAUGCUUAGCCUUCCUGUAUUUAUCUUUCUAAAACGGCUCUGACAGCGUGACAAGGCUGAAAACUGCGAGCAGCGGCGCUAAUGCGCUCUCCCUGUGGCCGCUGUGCAGGGAUACAGCACAGAUACGGUGCAGCAGCUGCAGCAGCUCCAUCACACCACCGGACCUGCUGACUUGGGUUUAUUUAUCUAGUUGUUUUUGUGUGUGUUUCCGUUUCCUCCAUGGGUUGCGGUGGAAGCCGGAGCGAUGCCAUCGAGCCCAGACGCCAUGAGAGCUGGACCAGAGAGACCGAGUCGACGUGGCUCACCAGCACAGACGCCGAGUGUCCUAACAACAGCAUCAGUAAAGGUGUGGAAGCACGGUCAUCUCUGUCUUCUAAAGACAAAAGAAUGGUUAACACAGGCAUACAGUGUGGAAAACCACCCUUAACAUCUAGCACAUGUACAAAUCAACAGAGAAGCAAACGAAACUGGAGAGCCUCCAAGAAGGUGACUGUUCCCUCAAAUGAUGUAUCGUGAAGUAGUGACGCAGCCUCAAACCCAGCAAA